CUGCCAGCUGCCAAGAUGGCGGCACGGAAUCGCGCUCGCGCUCGCGCUCCCGACUCCCCUCCCCCAGGCCUCUUGGGGGUUGGGAGCGCGACGCGCGUAGCCGUGCGCGGGUCGCCCUGCGUCCUGGGUGGUGGUCCCGCCAGCCGCCCGCCCCGCGCCAUGCGUCUCUUCGGCUGGUGGCAGCUCCUGCUUUGGGUGCUGGGGCCUCCUGCCUGCGGCCUGGAGGUUGCAGAGGAACACAGUCACUUGCUGUCAGAGGAACAGUCUGCGCCGGCUCUGCAGGCAGGGGCCCUGUCGGUGGGUGAGGAGCAGCCCUCCCGAGGCCAGGCGGGCCAGGACAGAUCAGCCGGAGACUCGAGCGCAGUGCUGGGGCUGGACACGGGUGGUGACCACGUGGUGAUGCUGUCCGUGAUCCCCGGGGAGGCUGAGGCUGAGGCCAGGCUGGGCCAUGAGCUGAGCAGCGGCACCUGCGGGGCCGGAGGGGAGGAGGACUCACGCUGCAGUCUCCGAGAGCAUCUGUUCUCUCUGGAUGGCGCCGGGGCGAGCUUCCCCGACCGAGAAGAGGAGUAUUACCCAGAGCCUGAAGUGGCCGAUGCGGAUCCAGCCCUGCCCGAGGACUCCAAUAACACCGAGAGUCUGAAAUCCCCCAAGGUGAACUGUGAGGAGAGAAAUGUGACUGGUUUGGAGAACUCCACUCUGAAAAUUUUAAAUAUGUCACAGGACCUCAUGGAUUUUCUAAACCCAAAUGGUAGUGACUGCACCCUAGUCCUGUUUUACACCCCGUGGUGCCGAUUUUCUGCCAGUUUGGCCCCUCAUUUUAAUUCUCUGCCCCGGGCAUUUCCAGCUCUUCAUUUUUUGGCACUGGAUGCAUCUCAGCACAGCAGCCUUUCUACCAGGUUUGGCACUGUAGCGGUUCCUAACAUCUUGUUAUUUCAAGGAGCUAAACCAAUGGCUAGAUUUAAUCAUACAGACCGAACAUUGGAAACACUGAAAAUCUUCAUUUUUAACCAGACAGGUAUAGAAGCCAAGAAAAAUGUGGUGGUAACUCAAGCUGACCAAAUAGGCCCUCUUCCCAGCACUUUGAUAAAAAGUGUGGACUGGCUGCUUGUAUUUUCCUUAUUCUUUUUAAUUAGUUUUAUUAUGUAUGCUACCAUUCGAACUGAGAGCAUCCGGUGGCUCAUUCCAGGACAAGAGCAGGAACAUGCGGAGUAGUGAUGGACUAAAAGCAGAAGUCGGAAUGAGGAAUUUCAGAAAUUAAUGCUGCACUUUCAUACAUUUUCUCCAGUGAAGUGUCCUCUUACAACUUCAGGCAGAUUAAAAGAAUCAUGCAUUUGUUGAACUGUUAAAUGUGUUAAAAAUUAUAAAUUGUUUUAAUACUGCAAUAAGCAAAUACAAAAAUACUUGGUAGAGUUCACUAUUGUUGUUUUUAAUAAUCCAAUAUUUUAAGAGAGUAAUCCAGUUUGAAAUGCAAAGCUGUGUUUAGGUGGUAUGGUGAGUAGAAUGACAGUACACUUCAUAGAAGGAAGAAAUAGGACACUAACGUUACAGUUUUAGAAAACUCUUGAUUCCUUAAAUAAAUGUCUAAGAAGGUUGUUUUUCUUUUCAUUUGCAAUUUUGCUCUCAGUCUGUAAGCAGAAAAGUGUUCUGUUAUGAAGAAUAAGUAGAAUCGGUAAGUGUCACCUUCUGAGUAACUGUUGGGAAAAUGGAAGAGUCAGCUGCUUUGGUGUUUGUGAUCUCUCAUUUCACCGAAGAAUAUGAAGUGCUUUAAGCUGUUUCUGGAUAAGGCAGAUGUUAGGAGAAAGUAAAUGUUAUCUAACUAAAGCUUAUUUAUUAUCAGUUCUAGGCUAAAGCAUAACUCAAAUUUUAGUCACAAUUCCCUAACUGGCAUGCAUUAACUGAACCUUAAUAUGUCCUUAGCACUGUGCUAGUUUUAUUGAGAGCCAUAAGAAAUAUCUAACACUGUUCCUGCCCACAAGUUGAUUCUAUUCUAGUUUAGAUCACAUGUAGAAAAGAGAGAACAUAUAAUUUAUUCCAUCGUUUUGGAAAGCUCCUUCUAAAAGAUCCCUUAAAUUCAGACAUGACAUCUAACUACAAAAUGAUAAUUAACUUUUAUACUGUUCACAGUGUUAUAGAGUAUUUCAUUUUCUGAUACACCCUACAUUCUAUGGAAGUGGAACUGUAGUUGAGUCACCUUUCAGAAUGUUACACUGGACAGGAGUUUAUGUAUAACUUUAUAUUGUGGACAGCUGUGGCUGGAGUGGUCGCUCACAGGAGAGGACACUGGUUCAGAAUAGUACCAUUAUGAUUUUCAUUUUACAAAUAAACACAGAGGCAUAGAAAGAGAUUGAGUAACUUGCCCAGGUUACACACAUAGUAAGUUGAUGAAGCUGAGAUUUGAACCUUUACAUGUAUGUGUAUGUAUACUUAAGAAUUUAAGAACUUCUAGUGAUUUCAUCUUUUAUAAUAACUAACACUUGAGUAUUACUAUGUGUGUUCCAGGUACUAUUUUAAGUGCUUUACAUACUGUUUUGUUUACUGGUAUAGGAGCUCUAGGAGACUGACACUAGUAUUACAUUUCCUUAUUUUACAUAAGGGUAAUAAAUGGGGCCUUAAGUAAAUUCUCUUGGUCAGGCAGCUUCCAGUGGUGGGACCCAGCUUCAAACCUAAGCAUGCUGACUGGAGAAGCCUCUAGGUGGGCUGGGACCUUGCCCUGCCUCUAUGCCAUGGCCUGAGGGACCAUCAUAAUACAUUUCCCUCUCAUUUUUCCCCUUUGCUUCCCAUAGUUAUAAUUACAGUAUAGCCAUCACUUAGCACUUUGGUCUUUUUAUUUUGUUUUGCUUAACAAAAAUAAAUAUUUCACUGUUGCCAGUA